AUGGGCAACGACAAGAAAGUCGGUGCUUAUUAUGCACCCACGGGUGGUCUGCCCCCUCAGACUCAGCUCCUCACCGAUCGCGCCAUGUUCACUGAAGCUUAUACAGUCAUUCCCAAGGGCUGUUUCAGUGACAUCGUGACGAGCUUCCUGCCCUUCUGGGAUAAGACGCGACUGUGGGUCAUUGCCCGGCCAUUGUCGGGCUUUGCUGAAACCUUCUCGCAAUACAUUAUGGAAGUGCAGGCGGGAGGUGGUAGUGACCGUGCCGAGUUGGACGACAGUGCUGAAGGUGUCCUUUUUGUGGUCGAGGGCGAAGUGACUGUUACCGUCGCUGGCCAGGCGCACACCCUCACAGAGGGCGGCUACGCUUUUCUGCCACCGAAGAGCGGCUGGACGCUCCGCAACAACGGCGCAGCCACUGCCCGUUUUCACUGGGUUCGCAAGGCGUAUGAGUAUGUGGAUGGACUCGAUGCGCCCGAGCCGCUUUUCCUUAACGAGAACGAGAUCACGCCCACUGCGAUGCCGGACACCAACGGUGCCUGGGCAACCACACGCUUUGUGGACCCGAGCGACCUCCGCCAUGAUAUGCAUGUCACCAUCGUGACUUUCGAGCCAGGCGGUGUCAUCCCCUUUGCCGAAACCCAUGUCAUGGAACACGGACUUUAUGUAUUGGAAGGCAAAGCCGUGUACCGCCUGAACCAGGACUGGGUAGAAGUUGAGGCUGGUGACUUUAUGUGGCUGCGAGCCUUCUGCCCACAGGCCUGUUACGCAGGUGGCCCUGGAAAAUUCCGCUACCUGCUCUACAAGGACGUCAACCGCCACAUGAAGCUGUCCCGAUUGUAA